AUGACGGCUAAUAUUAGCCAAGGAGGAUCAAACCCAGCCAGCAGUGCUCUUCUGUGGAUCGACGAGCCUCAUUUCUCAAAGAUAAUUCGCUAUGUUAUAUACUGCUUGUUGUUCGUGUUUGCAAUUGGCGGGAACGCAACUGUCUGCAUCAUUCCUUUCCGACACAGGCGCAUGCGUACAUGUACCUACUUUCUAAUCACGAACUUGGCCGUGUCCGAUAUUGGCACCAUGUUAUGCCUACCUUAUAUACUGGUCAUGGAAUGGCAGGAUGAAUGGUCAAUGGGACUGACCAUGUGUAAGCUGGUCAACCCCAGCCUGACUUUGUUCUAUCUUGUCACCACAAAUACAUUGGUAGCAAUCGCUGUGCACCGCUUCGUAGUACUGGUCUUUCCUUUCCGGUCCAAACCUGGCAAGUCCAAAGUAGCUUUGAUUAUAUUAUUGACUUGGCUGACAGCGUUUCUUUGCGUGUUGCCUUCGUUUGCGGCGAGAGAGCUUGAGCCCAGAUUCAAAGAGAACGGUGAAGUGGCCUACGAUUGUUCAGAAAUUUUUCCUGGGGAAACAGGAGAAGAAAGACAAUAUUACCAAAACAUGUACACUAUAUUUCAGUAUACCAUUAACAUUGCCUUACCUGUUGUUAUCAUAGUCGCCUUAUACAUUGGAAUUGCUUACAAGCUUCGACAGAUGGCUCUUGCCCUUGGGCGUGGUCCAGUUCCAACUGAAAGAAGAGACAGUGGCGCAUCAGUAUCGCUACAAAGCACUUUUUCAAGAUCAAGAACUCAGUCAAUUUUCUCCAGAAAGAGUAGUAUUGACCAGGCUUCCGCCAGAAAAAGGAACGAACUUGAAAAAAAAUUCCUGCGGAUGCUGGCUAUCGUCGUUUUGAUAUUUGUGGUUUGUUACGUCCCAUAUACAACCUUCUUUCUAGUUGUACCUCACUACCCAGAAGCCUUGUACUGGAAGUAUUUGAAAAUAUUCUAUCACUAUAUCUACUUGCUUAUGUGGUUUCCUAAUGCGCUAAACCCGCUUUGCUACGGCGCCUUGGAUGAACACUACGCAAGUGUAAUCAAAGCUCUUUGUCGCGGUAAGCGGAGAAACGGAAAAGGUCACCAUUACGCGGGAAAUUCUCAAAGACACCCUAGUUUGUUCAAUAACAAUUCGAAAACGUUAUCACCGAUAGUUGAACAAUCAUAUUCUCCAGCAGGAAGCAGUAAUUCUGCUACGGAAGAGCGCAAGAAAACAGACAAAAAAAGUUGGAAGGUUUUGAGCGGGAGCCAGGGGAAUUAA